AUGCAGCUCUACCGCGGUACGCAAAGCUACCAGCGUCCCGCGAAGCAAAGCAAAAUUGCAUCGCAGAGGCAAUAUCGAGUCAAAGAGGGGGACGGGUUCCAGGAACUCCGCCUAGUGAUUCACUCAGUGACAGGGGAAACUCCCCAGACCAGGCGCGAAACCUUGAAGAAAGCUGCAGAACUGCUGCAACAGUUGUCGAAAGAACAUGAAGCGAUUUCCAGGCAUGAGCCACUCCAACCUUUGGAAUUUUCGUCGGAAUCAUCCUAUGAAAUUGACGAGGGGUCCCACACGUCUUAUGAACCUCUUGCAAUGCCCAACAAUGAAACAUGGACAAACGCUAUUGCACCAUGCCAGUGGACAAGAAACAGUAGCCCAACAUCAGACACAUCGGCGACAAGCUCGAUGCUAGAGUAUCAAGGCCAUCCUCAGGCAGAGAUCCACCAUGUCGUCGGUGGUGGGGGGGACUGGAAUUUGGUUCAUCCCACCCCUUCACAAUUUCGACAGACCUCUUUCUCCGCGCAGUGGUCGCUCAUUCACUCGAACAUCGAUCAAGUCCCAUACUAUAAAGAAUGGGAGUAA